AUGAAGACUUCAGUCGGGGCCUUGGUCCUUGUAUGGACUCAGUCUUUAUGUGCCCAACAUGAAGGCGAUGCUGAUACAAGCAUGGCCACAUUAAAUGCAAUUGCCACUACCACUACAGCCAAGACCUCCUCCGCAUCGGGUUCCGUUCAGACAAUCAACGUUGGCAAGUCAGGUCUGGAAUUCUCUCCAUAUACUCUCAAUGUUGCUGCUGGAGACAAAGUGGAGUUCCACUUCUUCCCAGGGGAUCACUCAGUGACCCAAGCCUCCUCUGAUAAUCCCUGUCACCCAUUGAGUGGCAGCAGCUUCUCCAGUGGGUUCGUCACGGGAAGCAGUAAUGGAUCGCCCCCGGUCUUCGCCUUGAUCGUCAAUAACACGAAAUUCAUUUGGUUCUUCUGCGGUCAAGUCGGACAUUGUCAGGCUGGAAUGGUCGGCGUAAUCAACCCCGAGUAG